UAGUAGGGGCUUAGGUUUACAUUGGUAGCUAAGCUUUAUAUCUGGUCAUAAUAAGCCACAAGAUAAAUAUUUUGCACAUCGCCGUUAAACUCGGAUGUUCUGAUGUACGGAGAGGUACUCGUCAACCAAUAUUUAGACCGAGGAGUUGCGUCAAUUGCAACCAAUGGGCUGUUUGGUUUGUCUUUUGUGUGGCUAUGUAACAUUAGCUUGUUAGCUAGCUAAACGUCCAGUCAGUAAACCAACAGCCAGUUACUAUUCAGCUAGCGUAUCUUUGCACUGGACUUUGUUAGCUUGUUUGACAGCUACAGUAGCAAAAAUUAACCAAGCUGUUAUCCAGAGAGACAUCGGCUCCGUUUUGGUGAUCACGUGUAAGAGUUUAUUUAAUCUAACUUACGUGUCACAGUGUGACUCAACUGUAACUGAAUGUUUGCUGAUAGAAAUAGCAACAGUUACAGCUAGCAGGGUGUUAGCUUGUCAACAAUGGGCUAUAAGAGGUAUUUAAAGACAGCAAGGACGUUUUAUUUUUUGACCAUUCUGCUGGUAGUCUUCGUCAAAGGAGUAACAGCUGAUGAAGAGCAGCACGGGAAUGACGGACCAGAGCUGAAGUCUUACCAUGACCCAGACUCUGAAGAGGAAGAUGUCCGUCUGGCAUCAGGAAUUGUGACUGGUACUUCUGAGACCUCUGGUCAUGAAGUCUCCCAGCCAGAAGAGGAGAUACAGUCACCUGAGGGAGGACUGGAGGGAGAGGAGAAGGAGGAACUGCCUGAUCAGCCUCCUCCAGUUGAGGAGAAACCUAAAGAAGUUCCUGUAGUGAAUGGAGGUACAGCCCAUGGAGAGCCCUGCAUCUUCCCAUUCCUCUUCCAGGGGCAGGAGUACUCGGACUGUACCACUGAUGGACGGGGGGAUGGACGGCUGUGGUGCGCCACAACCUAUGACUAUGACCAGGACAAGAAGUGGGGUUUCUGUGAGACGGAGGAGCAGGCGCAGCAGAGGCUGCAGGCAGAGGAAGCUGAGGAGCAGUACCAGACUGUCCUGCGCAUGCUCAAUGCCACCACCAGGAAGACCCAGAAGAAAGAAUUAUACGAGAAGCUGCAGAAAGUAGCAGAGAAAGGCCACCAGAAAGCCAUGGAGAAGGUGGCGUACGCCAUGCUGUUUGGAGAUUACAUAAACCAGAACAUCACCAAGGCCAAAGAGAUAUUUGAGAAGCUUGCCAUAGAGGGCUCGCCUAAAGCUCAGACGGCUCUUGGCUUUCUGUAUGCAGCAGGACUUGGAGUUAACUCAAGUCAGGCUAAGGCCCUGGUUUAUUACACCUUUGGCGCUCUUGGUGGAAACUUGGUAGCUCAUAUGAUUCUGGGUUACAGAUACUGGGGAGGUGUGGGUGUUCCCCAGAGCUGUGAGUCAGCACUAACACACUAUAGGCUUGUGGCAAAUCAGGUGGCCAGCGAUGUGUCUCUGACAGGGGGCUCAGCAGUGCAGAGGAUCAGGCUGCUGGAUGAAGUAGAGAACCCGGGAUCUACUAGUGGGAUGUUGGAGGAGGACUUGAUCCAGUACUACCAGUUUCUAGCUGAGAAAGGAGAUGUACAAGCUCAGGUGGGAUUAGGUCAGCUACACCUGCACGGAGGCCGUGGAGUAGAACAGAAUCACCAGAGGGCAUAUGACUACUUCACCCAGGCUGCAAAUGCGGGAAACACACACGCUAUGGCUUUCCUUGGCAAGAUGUACUCAGAAGGCAGCGAGUUUAUUCCUCAGAACAACGAGACAGCCCUGCAGUACUUUAAGAAGGCUUCUGACUUGGGUAAUCCAGUGGGACAGAGUGGCCUGGGCAUGGCCUACCUAUAUGGAAGAGGUGUCCCAGUGAAUUAUGAGCUGGCACUGAAAUAUUUCCAGAAGGCAGCGGAGCAGGGCUGGGUGGACGGACAGCUCCAGCUGGGCACUAUGUAUUACAAUGGUAUUGGUGUGAAACGUGAUUACAAGCAGGCACUUAAAUUUUUCAACCUGGCAUCACAGGCGGGCCACAUCCUGGCCUUCUACAACUUGGCCCAGAUGCAUGCUACUGGUACAGGUGUGAUGCGCUCCUGCCACACUGCUGUGGAGCUUUUCAAGAAUGUCUGUGAGCGUGGUCGCUGGUCAGAGCGUCUCAUGACGGCCUACGGCAGCUUUAAGGAGGGUGAGACAGACGCUGCACUGGUCCAGUAUCUGCUGCUGGCUGAGCAGGGCUACGAGGUGGCCCAGAGCAACGUGGCCUUCGUUCUGGACCAGAAAGGAGCAAAGAUCUUCAGUGAGAAUGAGACCUACCCUCGUGCUUUGCUCCACUGGACAAGAGCUGCAGCCCAAGGUUACACUGUGGCAAGGAUAAAACUAGGGGACUACCACUUCUACGGCUACGGGACAGAUGUGGACUAUGAGACAGCUGUUAUCCACUACAGGCUGGCAUCGGAGCAGCAGCACAGUGCCCAGGCCAUGUUUAACCUGGGUUACAUGCAUGAGAAAGGCCUGGGCAUCAAACAGGACAUCCAUUUAGCCAAGCGUUUCUACGACAUGGCCGCUGAAGCCAGUCCUGAUGCCCAGGUCCCAGUUUUCCUGGCUCUGUGCAAGCUGGGCCUGGUUUACACUCUGCAGUACCUGCAGGAUCUUAAUUUGAAGGAGCUGAUUUCUCAGGUGGACCUGGACCAGCUUCUGGGCCCGGAGUGGGACCUCUACCUCAUGACUGUCAUCGCCCUGCUGUUAGGCACAGUCAUCGCCUACAGACAGCGGCAGCACCAAAUCAUAGUUCCCCCUCGCCCACCUGCUCCCGCCCCAGCACCCCCUCCUAGACCACCUCAGGAACAGUCGCAAGCCCAGGCCGAGCCCCAGGGUCAGGGAGAAACGCAAGCCCAGGGCCCGGCCCAGGAGGAAGAGGAGCAACAGUGAGAGGAAGCCAGACGGAGCGAGGGCAGUACAAGACAGACAACAGGCUCUGCCAAGCCCGCCCGGCGGAGCAGCUGGUGUGCUUACUAGCUGAAUACCUGCUAGUUUGAGCACCUCUCCCACUCUGCCCGCUCCCCUCCACAUGCUUAAAGAAGACUGAGAAGGCUGCUAAACUGUGCAACCUCACAACUCCCUUCCUCCAUUUCAAAUAUGCUGGUCCUGUGUUGAAGAAAGACAGUGGGCGUGUUUAUUGACAAUGCUACACAGCAGAAGAAGAGUGCUGAGAGGAUAACACAGACUUGGGACUUGCUAGUCUGUGACUCAGGAUACUGUCCGAAGCACCCGUGUCCUCGCCAUGAAAAUAGCCUCAUGGUUGCCAGAUCAAAGGCAUUUUGGACAAAUCAACAGAAUGAAUUUGAUAUGUGCAUUAGUUUCUUCUCACUUUCCCUUUUUGAGAUCAUUACACUCAGUUCAACUGCUUUAGUCCUAAUUUUGAGCUGUAUUUAGAAAAUAAGUCCAGCAGAAAAAAUGGGAACUGAAAGAAUUUUAUUUUCUAUCCCUAGUCGCUAAAGAAAGUCAUGUUUUUGCAUGUUUUCUCUCAAUUUAAGGCACUUUUUUUUUUUCUCCAGAUACUUAACAUGUGAACACAUUUUGCAUAAAUUUUUGCAUUCAUCAGUUAUUUGUUUAGAUUUCAGGUUUCAACAUUAGUAGCAGUGCUAAAAUGCACUAAAGCCAUGUUGUGUCAUUAGUAUAAGAACAAGAAACCUGUUAAGGGGUUGAUUUAAUAGAAAAGCUGGACUGCAUAGAUAAUUUAAUUUUUAAGUACACAAGUUGGCGUCUUGUUACCUUUUCAACAUGUUGAUCAAAACUAAGCUCCCGCCGAAAUCUCCAAGCCGAGUGAAAUUUUGGAUUUGAAGAACAAACAUGAUGUAUACAGUCUAGUGAAAGAAACCGUUUUUGAAGGUAUACUGUACAUUGGUGUGAUAUUUUUUCCAUCAACAGGCUUUGAUUUCAUUCUAGUGGCUGUUUUUGGAGGGUUGUUGAUCUCAUCCCCCCCCUUUUUUGGUUAUGUUUAUUAAGCCUUGUGUUAGCUGAUGCAGAAAGUAGAGCAGCCUUAAAGAUAGCAGCUCCUCAGACUGUGGUUUCUACAUUAGAGGAAGAGGAUCAGUUGUUUUUUUUUUUUUUUGUGUGUGUGUGAGUGUUUAGUUACACAACUGUUGUGAGAAUAUCCACCCCCUCACCAAAAGUCCAAGUUGGAGCUCUGUACUCUGCCUACACUUUUCGGCUCAGAUGGACCUAAAUCUGAGACACGAAGCCACACUGGUUAGGCCACACAGUAUUUAUAAAAAUAAGAUUAGAAACUUCUGAUUUUGCCAUGUUCUCUUUAAUUUCCAUUUGUUUAGUUCCACGAUAUGUGCUUGUAGUUAAAGUAUUGAGAAGUCAUCUGCCAACACGUCUGCAUGAAGUAUAAGAAGUCGAAAAGGACAUUAAAAUGUUAUUUGCGGGAGGAUUUAAAAAAAAAUAAAUCCCAAACUGUUUCCUUCCGUCACACAUUCAUACCCACACAAUUCAGUUUGUCUAAAAUGAAACACUGGUCAAGAUUGUCGAGAAGACUGCAUUUUUACCAUCGCAAAUAAGUUUAUAAAAAAAUUAAUAAAUGAUAUAUGGAUAUUUAA